AAAAAUGGCGGAAGUGGAGGGUCUGAGAUUCUACUCGUCAAUCAAACGGGUAAUUUCUUUUCUCUCUUCCCCUGUUUCUCUCAUCCCCAGAAAUAACAGAUGAUCAGUUCUGUUUUCUGUAAAUAAUUCAGUUAAUGUUCUAAAACUCAUGGGGUUUCAACUUUUUUCUUUCAGGUUAUUUUUGAGUUAAAAGGACUGCUGGUUCGCCUCAACGGUGAGGUGUUGCUUUCUCUGUGAUGUGGCUAAAUUAAUCUUAAAUUUGUAAAAAGUCAAUCUCUGGAAUAGUAGAUCAAUGAAAAGAUAUGAGUGUCCAACAAAAGCUCUCUCUGUUUGAAAACUUCCCCUCUGUUCAAGAAACCGAUCUGCUUGAUCAGAGUAUUAAGAAGAUCAAGGAAUCUGAAACAAAUGCUUCUACAGAGAGCUCACGAAGGGGAGACACUCCUCUGAAUGGUGAGCCAUCAAAUUCGUCUACUGAGGAUGACAAUGAGGAUCUGAGCAGAGUUAUCAUGGGGGGUCCGUGGUUCAUUGGCCCUUACUACCUUACCAUGAGGAGGUGGGAACCUAACUUUGAUCCGAAAGAGGCUAUUCGCACUACUACCACCACAGCUGUUUGGGCUAGACUUCCUAAUCUUUCAGCUGACUACUACGAUCCUACUACACUCCAGAAGAUUGGGAAUAAGAUAGGCCCUCUGCUCAGGGUUGAUGCUUAUACUGCACAUCAUACUAGGGGCCAGUAUGCAAGGGUGUGUGUCCAAAUUGAUCUCGCACAACCUGUUGCCAAAUAUAUGAUUAAAGAAGCUGCCAAUCCUGUGCCUUUGUCAACCCAUGCCUCAAGCUCUACAUCCCCCAGUGUUAAGGCCGUGACCCCCCCUACCAACCCAAACUCCAUUUUGCAGACAUUUGAUAUUAGCAAAUCCUUUGAUAAGGAUAAUUACGGCCCCUGGCUGUUGGUGGAGAGGCGCAGAUCCAAAAGGAGACCUCUUUCAAACUUGUCGACGGUGGAGAAGAUACUGUCAAAUCCCAAAGCAAAGGAUGGUUGUGACUCGGGUGGUUCAACUCGGUAUACCGGAUCCAAAACCCAACGAGUCACCAACAGCUCCCUGUCAAAUCAACAGAACGGUAAUGUUCUCAGUGCUUUAAAUGUUGAUCUAUCUUCGAAGCAAAGCUUAACGGUCCAAAAAGCCAAAGCCCCACUAGUGGAUUUUUCCAAACCAGAACCCAAAACCCAACAAUGGGUCAGCAAAACCUCUAGUAAGGCACAAGGCCCACCCAAGAGCAUCACCAUUCAAGAGCCCAAAUCCAAGUCAAAGAACUCUCCUACCCAGGCCCUACCCACUCAUCAGAGUAUUGCCUCCGAACCUAAUCUUGGUUCUGUAACUCAAAAGCUUUCUAUCCCCCAUCAAGACCCCACUAUUAGCUCUCCUAUUUUGGUUCAGCCUAAUCCUAUUACCCCUAUUCACUCUACCUUCACCAGCACCUCUGGAAUUGAUCCCCAAACCCCACUCCCACAAAACUUUACCCAACCUUUGCUUAACCAUGGAUCUGUCUCAAAUUCUCCAUCUAGAUCCGAAAACCCAAAUGUUUUUGGUAAAGGAACGAUUGACCGUCCGGAUGGAGACAACCGUGGAGUGGAUACUGGAUUGCUCAUCCCCCAGGGGAUCCAAAUGGUCACUGAAUCAAUUGUUCACAGCGUGGAGAGCCCCCAUUCUCACGAACAUGGAGAUGAACCUCCCAGAGAUGGCUCACUUGAUCCCCCCAGCCGAGGAAAAUUCAGAUUUAAAAGAGUCAUGUCAGAUCAGGAAUCUCGAAUCGACAGAAGACGCCACUAUACACGGCGUGGAGUCGAGCCUUAUCAAGCCCCUGCUAUUGACAAGUUCGGCUUAUCUAAACCACUUGAAGUUUGUCCAAAUAGAGGGGAAAGUGGAACGCAUCCACCUGAUACUGAAAGUCCUGUGGUCACUGGAGACCCACAUCGAGAGAGACUUCCAACUUCUUUUCUUACCAUACCAUUUUCCCCUAGCCAGGAUGUAGCGGAUUCUCUUGGCUUCCCUAAAUCUUGCAUUGUUAACUCAGAUGGUCUUGCUGGAGGCUUAUGGCUGCCUCAAUCUGAAAUCAGAAACAUGCUAUGGCAAGAGUUAUCUGCCAUGGAUAAUAUCAUCCAAGGCCCAUGGAUGAUUAUUGGGGAUUUUAAUGACAUAGUAGAUCAGAGUGAAAAGUUUGGUGGGAAUGUUAUAUCCCAAACUUGGGCCCAGGCCUAUCUUGAUUGUAUGAACAAUUGCAAUAUGGUUGAUUUGGGAUUUAUUGGAAACCGUUUUACGUGGGUUAACAUGCGUUUCUCUAGCCAGCUGAUAAGAGAAAGGCUUGAUAGAGCUUGGGCUAAUCCUGAUUGGAAACUUAGCUUUCCUGAAGCUGCUCUAUUUCACUUACCCCGUACUCACUCUGACCAUUGCCCAAUUUUACUAGAUCUCAACCCCUUGUGUCCUCGAUCUGGUUCUCAUCCAUUUCGGCUUGAGAAAUUUUGGAUCGAUCAUCCUGAGUUUUAUAACAUUAUCCAGCAAGUUUGGGGUGAUAUUAACUCCAAUACUGCUAAAUGUGUUGAACUUACUAUGAAUCGUGCCAAAACAUGGAGUUUGGCAACUUUUGGAAAUAUCUUUAAAAAGAAGAAAAAAUUGCUUGCUCGUAUUGAAGGGAUUCAAAAGUCCCAUGCUUAUAAUUUUUCAUCUUUCCUCUGGAAUCUAGAAAGGGAUCUCCUCCAAGAAUAUAAUAAUAUUCUUAAUUGGGAGACUGAUCUUUGGUUUAUGAAGUCUCGUGCGGAUUGGAUUGCUGAUGGUGACAGAAACACUAGGCCUAUAAGUUUGUGCAAUUCUGUUUACAAAAUCAUAUCCAAGAUCCUUGUACACAGGAUUAAACCUUGGAUGGACAAGAUUAUCUCUCCAUGCCAAUCUAGUUUUAUUCCUGGCAGGCAAGGUACAGAUAAUGUCUUGAUCCUUCAAGAACUUGUUCACUCCUUCUCAAAAAUAUCUGGGCAAACAGGAGACAUGAUUUGUAAGCUUGAUCUUGAGAAGGCAUAUGAUAGGUUGGAAUGGGGUUUUAUUCAUGAGACUCUCCUAUACUUUCGGUUCCCUCCCGAUGUUAUCAAGCUUAUCAUGUCUGCUAUUAGUUCUACAUCAAUCUCCAUUCUCAUUAAUGGAGACAAAACAGAAGAGUUUUGUCCUUCUCGGGGUAUUCGUCAAGGAGACCCGCUCUCACCUUAUAUCUUUAUCCUCUGUAUGGAGUAUCUUUCCAUAAGAAUCUCUGCAGACAUGGAUGCUGGACUAUGGAAAGGUAGUAAAGUUGGGAUAAGGGGUCCUUUCCUUUCUCAUAUCUUUUUUGCUGAUGACAUCAUUUUCAUUGGUAAAGUUACUGAAUCUAAUUGUCUUCACCUCAAGGAUGUCCUUCAAUUUUUUUGUGAGAGAUCUGGCCAAAAGAUUAAUCAUCCCAAAUCCAAGGUGUUUUUUUCUAAGAAUGUUGGCCAAGACAUUAGAGAUAACCUUUGCUCCAUUCUCGGAUAUUCCCAAACUGAGGACUUGGGAAAAUACCUUGGAGUCCCUAUUUCAGCUAAAAAACUAACCCGAAGCAAAUGUCAAUUUAUUGUGGAUAAAGUCUGGGCCAAACUCUCCGGUUGGAAGUCUAAUUUUCUUUCCUUUGCAGGUCGGACUACUCUUGCUAAGUCAGUCUUGGCAGCUGUCCCAAAUUAUUAUAUGCAAUCUUCUAUGCUACCAGCCUCUACCCUAAAGGAAAUUGAUCAGAUUUCUCGUAACUUUAUUUGGGGUUCAGAGGUUGAGCAAAAGAAGAUCCAUCUAGUUAACUGGAACAUCGUUUCUAGCCCAAAGCAUUUGGGUGGUCUUGGCCUAAAAAGUGCGAAAGAGGUUAAUCUUGUUGCCAUGUGCAAACUUAAUUGGAGACUUCACCAGGAGAAAGAUAAAGUCUGGAGUGGCAUAUUUAGAAGUCUGAAAUGGGUGCCUCAUACAGGCACCAAUAUCUCCUUCUGGACUAACUACUGGGCGACAGAGAUACCUUUUGUUUCUAUGUUGUAUGGCCCUCACCCUCCGGAUUUCAAAUCUAUCACUGUUUCAGAUUUUUUCACUGCAGGUGAUCAUGCCUUUGAGCUUAUCUCCUACUAUCUCCCUGAUGAUAUCGCCAACAGACUCAAAGCUAUCCCCCUCUCUAUCUUUAAUGAUAGAGAGGACUCUUUUGCUUGGAAGGGAACUUCCAGAGGUACCUUCACCGCUGCUUCUGCUUACUGCCUUCUUAAAAAUCCUUCUACUUUUGCUGAAAAAGAGUGGGAUUGGAUAUGGAAGCUGCCAACCAUCCCAAAAAUUCAACAUUUCUUUUGGCUAUUGGCUCACCAGAGACUGAAAUGUUUCAGUUUCUUACAGCAUCUAAGUAUUUCAUCUACUACUAUGUGCCCUCGCUGCCAGGAUGAAGAGGAAAUAGUGGAGCAUCUUAUCCGACUAUGCCCUUCCUCAACCGUUAUCCUUCAGGAUUUAUUUCUUGAUAUCUCAUCGCAGCAGCAACAAGACCUGGACUUCUUUUCUUGGCUUAAAUUUAAUUCCCACUACAAGCUCAAGACGAAUCUCAAUAACCUCCGAAGUAGAAUUAUUGAAAGAGCUGCGAAAUUUUGGGCCUCUGCUAUUCCAAAAGCUACCCGUAUAUACCAUGAGGAGAACUUUAAAUGGGCGAAACCUCCCCCAAAUGUCAUCAAACUAAACAUGGAUGGGUCAACCAAAGGGAAUCCAGGCAUCUCAGCUGCUGGGGGCAUCUUUCGUGAACACCAUGGCAACUGGAAGCUUGGAUAUGCUAGGAAAAUUGGCUGGUCUAACAGCCUUGCAGCAGAACUUUGGGCUAUUAGAGAUGGAUUACAAUUGGCCAUUAUGCAUAACUUUUUUCAUAUUAUUGUGGAAUCUAAUUCUUUUGUGGCUAUCCAGCUCCUUCAAGAGCCCCCACCUUCAUCUCAUAAUCUGAGUGCCUUAAUUUUUUAUUACAGGGAGUUGCUCCGACAAAUCCCCCUUGCUGAACUCAAACACAUUGUCCGUGAAUCUAAUAUGGCUGCUGACCAGAUGGCGAAACUCGGACAUGGCAUUGAUCAUGAUUUUGUCAUUUUUGAAAGCAUUCCGCUAUCUGUCAAACAGUAUUGUAUUGCUGAUAUUAUGGGAAUUGAAUUUCCCCGUAUGUGUUGAACUAUUUCCAGUUAAUAUAUCUUCUCCUUUUACCAAAAAAAAAAAAUUAAUCUUAAAUUUGUUCUUAUUACUCUAAGUGAAAAUAAUGAUUUUGGGUGAAACAUAAAUUUCAUUUUUCUUU